AAAAAAAAACGACAACCGCAAAUGGCACAUACGACUGGUUACUUUGGAAAAACAUAAUAUUUCCUAGCAAACUAUCUUAAAUUCAGAUUAUUGUCAGGAAAAUUAUCUAAAUUUGAAAGGUAUUUACAGCUUACAGUUUAAAAAAAAAUAAUGGAUAACUGGUCUGCAAUAGCAAAAGUCUAUGAUCCGCUAAAAGCGGGAAGUAUUGAUGCUACAGAUACAGAACCACAUGACCACGGUAUCAUCAGAGCAAUGGCAGCUAAAUACAAACCGAAUAAAAAAGAUGUAGUAGGUGAUCCGGAGAAAACAAUAUUCAUUGCUCGGCUUAAUCCCAAAACAAAUGAAACAACAAUAGAAAAAGUUUUUUCAGGAUAUGGAAUCAUCAAGCAAUUUAGAUUAGUCCGUGAUAUUAUAACAGGAUAUUCUAGAUGUUAUGCUUUUGUAGAAUAUUAUGAUCAUAAGGAGGCUGAGGAUGCUGUUUGGAGAGGACAUAAGCAAGAAAUUGAUGGUUGUGAAGUUUUUGUUGAUUAUGAAUGUGAGCGAGUACUCAAAGGAUGGGUACCAAGAAGACUUGGGGGAGGUUUUGGUGGGAAAAAAGAAUCUGGACAAUUAAGAUUUGGGGGCAGAGAUAGACCAUUUCGAAAACCUAUUUAUAAUAAAAUGAUAGCUCUUAAAAAUGUUAAUGAUGAACAUCAUGAGAAUGCAUGGGAUGAUAAAAGUAGUGAGCAUGGUGCAGACGGUCACGAGAAUUAUAGAGGCACAAACAGGGUACGCUCUGAUCGAUCAAAUAAACAAUAUUAUGUGAACUUAAAUAUUUUUAAGUCAUCUGAAAAAAAUGUUAAAGAUAGAGAUAGAAGGCAAAAUAGGGACAGGUCCAUAGACAGAGAAAGACAUCAGACUAGAGACAGAUCCAUAGACAGAGAAAGACAUCAGACUAGAGACAGGUCCAUAGACAGAGAAAGACAUCAGACUAGGGACAGGUCCAUAGACAGAGAAAGACAUCAGACUAGAGACAGAUCUAGGGAAAGAGACAAACAAUACAGUAGAUAUACCAAAAGUAGUCAAGCUUGGGAGACAAGUCCACAUCAAACAAAACAAUCAAGAGAGACUGCAGGGGAAAGAAGGGGAAGUAAUAGAGACAGAGAUAGAACAAGAAGCAGUGAUGGAUCAAGAGAUAGAAUUGGAGAUAAUAGAUCAAGGGAUAAAAGUAGGGAUAGAUCUGGUGAGAGAAGACAAGAUAGAUCAGGGGAGAGGAGUAAAGAUAGAUCAGAGAAAAGAAGGAAGAGAUCAAGGGAUUCAAAAAGAGAGACUAGUGAAGAUAGAGAAAGAGGAAAAUAUAUAGAUAGAAGAAUAGAUAAAGGUAAACAUCUGGAAAGAAGUGAUUAUAGGGAAAAUAGAGCACCAGAAACAUACUAUGACGAAAGAACAAUCAAUAGACUCAUACAGACCACUGUUAGCAGUAUUUGGGAUGAACAUGAACAUGAUAAGGAACAAAAUUCACAAACUAACAAUGAAGUAACAGAAGAUUUAGAAGUUCCAGAGAAUUAAAAAAAAUAAUUGUUUGAAGAA